AUGUCCCCAAAAUACUCUGGCAUCAUACAUGAACCUAUUACAACUCUUUUCUCAUCUCAAUCAACUGAUAUUGAGAAAGUGGUUCAUGAAGAAGAACCUAAUGAUGAUGAUAUCAUGGUGUCAUUUGUUAAUCUUCAAUUUGAUCCCAAUGAGGAGAAUGUUCCUGAUAACUUAAUCAUGUCCAGAAAAGAGUUCAAGAUACUUAACUCGAAAAUCAAUUAUCUUCUUCAAAUUCAAAAACAAGUAGAAAGGUUAGUGUUUCAUUCCAAGAGCUAUGAUUAUGAGAUUCAGAAGCUUUGUAAUGUUGCAAAGGAACGUCAUGAACUUUCUAUUGAUCAAGUGACUACAAGGAAGGAAACUGUGGAUCUCAAAAUCAUUGUACUCAAAUCUGAUUUUUCAGAAUAA